AUGGAUAAAUUCUUUCCGCCAAGUUUUAGGAGAAGCUUUAGAAGUGAUCGGAGUUAUUGCGUGGAAGAUAACGUCGACGUGGAAAAAAUAAAAUUUUUACAAGAUAUAAAAUAUUUUAAACGACUUGAAGAUGAAUUUCCUAAGGUAAAGAUUGACGUUUCGACGGAUCAAAUCAUGAUCAAAGAGAAUGGUUCCUCAAAGCAAUUUGACGAAGCUGUGGAGAAGUGUCGUACGAUGUUGUCAGAAAUUGUGAAGAGUUCAGUGCCGUUGAGCUUAGGCGAAACCAACAUCUGGGAUGUAAUUGCCUGUGACGAGGCCCGUGAUUUUAUUCAAAAUAUUCUCAUCCAAGAAAAGGUGGAUGCAAAGGUGACACCCAGUGAAGAUGGACUUAAAAAAGUCAGAAUUAUAGCUUUGAACAGUACAGCCCGGCAUAGAGCAAAAGAAGUGGUUGUUCAAUCAUUUGUACGAGAAACUGUUGAAAUUCCGGAUGAUAUAGACCUUUCACCACAUUCUGGAGAACUGCAAGAAAUAGAACAAAGUUGCUGUCAAAUACAACGAGGAAAACCUGUCAAAGUUCAAGUUAUUGUUGAACAUUCAAAGAAAAAGUUUGUUGAGUUAGUUGGGGUAGCGAGUUUCGUAAAAGAUAUAAAAAUUUAUGUUAAAAAUCUUCUCGAAGGCAAAAGGGUUAGGAUUGAGUAUUUUGCAAUAGAUGUUUCCAAUAGCUUUUGGGAUUUUCUCUAUGACCAUUUUCGGACGAAAGUGAAGCCAAUCGAGAGUCAACUAGACAGUUACGGUGUCACGAUUAACCUGACUGAGAAACCAAAAGAAUUCAUAAUAGAAGGAAACAUGGAAGGUCUCAGAAGAUGCAAGAAAGAACUUGGAGAAUUAGAACAAACAAUUGUUCAAAGAGAUGAAAUAAUUAUAUCGCAGGACGUUCGUAACUUAUUUGCAAGUGGCAUGGAGGGUGAAAACAGGUUGAAGACAAUUGAAAAUACUCGACGUAUUGUUGUAAGAAAGACUCCAUUUGUAGACGUGUCCUUGUCCGAAAACACAACUAUUUCACGAUCCCAACCAUGUAGAAGCGAAGUAGUAAAUAUGCUGGUAAAACAUGGACGCAUUGAGAACGAAGUGGCUGACGUCUUAGUGAAUUCGGCUCUACCGAAUCUUAAAGUGAAAUCUCCAUGUUUGAAAGUUCUCCAACAACGAGGUGGUCAAGCAUUUAUUAAAGAGUGUGAACAAUAUACGGAUAUUCCUACCGGAGAUAUUGUGUGUACUCCCGGGUGCGAAGGGUUGUGUAAAUAUGUCAUUCAUGCUGUUUGUCAACCAUGGUACAACAAUGAACCAGAAAAGAGCGAAAACUUUAUUAGAAGUCUUAUCAAGAAAGUUCUUAAGAAAUGUAAUGAAUUGGGAGCACUCUCGGUUGCCAUGCCAAUCAUUGGGACUGGGAAAUAUGGCUAUUCCAAGCCCCUUGUGGUUGAGAUCAUUCGACAAGAGGUUGUUGAAAUGUCCACUGAAGAAGGAAGUCAAUUUUCUUUAUGUGAUAUUCGUGUGAUUGCCCUGGAAGAAACCAACUUACAGGAAGCUGUAAACAAAGGUUUUGUGAUUGAUUCGCCUGAUAAAGUUAUCUUACACUUUGUUGGAGAGAAACAAUACGUUGAUGAAUCAAUUGGAAAAGUGAAAAAGUUCAUUAGUAAAAAAAAGCAAGAGAGAGAAACACCUGGCCAGGAACCAUUAAUGAAUAUAGAUUUGCCAAGUUUCUGGGAAGACCAGCCACAGGGAAAAAUCGUCCAUCUUGUUGACCUGAAGGAGUCUUCCAGCGAGUAUCAAGAAAUAUUCAAACAUUUCCUCAAAAAUUGGAAUUCAAAGAAAACUUCGAUCAAUGUUUCUGUUAAAAUGAUACAGCGAAUUCAAAAUCCUGUUUUGUAUACUUCGUAUGUAGCAAGGAAAAGAAUGUUGAAAAAACUCAAAAAAGGAUGUGAGAAUGAGAUGAGUUUGUUUCAUGGAACUGCUACGAAGAACAUUCCAAUUAUAAAUGUUCACAAUUUCUCAAGAAGUUUCACUGGAGCUACUAGAGGUCAUUUCAGUCAAAUAUAUGGCCAAGGAGUUUACUUCGCGAAAGAAUCGUCGUAUUCUAGUGGUUUUUGCAAAGAUGACGAUGAAGUGAGUGCUAAUCUCAGUAAGAAGGAUCUUAAAAUGUAUGUUGUGAAAGUCUUAGUUGGAGAGUUUACCCGUGGCCACCAGAAGAUGAAAGCUCCACCUCUACGAAAUGAUCCAAAUAAUCCUGGAUUACAAUAUGAAUCAUUAGUCGACAAUGAAGAAAAUCCCACAAUCUUUACGAUUUUCCAAGAUAACCAAUGUUAUCCCGAAUAUUUAAUCACAUUCAUUGUACAGCGAUAAGUGCUCAUUCAGGAAAGGUUCUACUCAUAGCUAAUCUUAAGAAUUUUUUAUCACUGCACAUAUCAUCACAAUAAUAGUAUAGUGGAGAGGGUGAUAAAAGUGGUCCUAACUGGAAAUUGGUAAUUUAAAGAUGGGGAAUUGUAAGGGUCUGCAGGGCCUCUUGCAGAAAAUUGACUUGAUUUACAGCAUUAUCGGGGACAACUACUUAUGAAUCUACCUCGGCAGAGUGAUGUCUGUUGAGAAAAUACCAUUUAUCACUGCACAUUUCUCAUUUUAUCACUGCACAUUUCUCAUUUUAUCACUGCACAUUUCUCAUUUUAUCACUGCAUAUUCUACUUUGAUCACUGCACAAAUUGGUUAUCACUGCACACUAAAAUUAGGUAUGGUUCUACUUAGCCUGUAUUAAAUCAUUACGUUUCUAUAGACUAAAACAAACUUUCAAUUCAGACUAUUCAUAU